GCAAAGCCCCUCCCGAGGCUGUUCGGUCACAAAGCUCGGUGAGCGCUCUCUCUCUCUUUCUCUCACACAGUUGCAACUUGCAAUGGCGGAACUGAACCCAGGUAUUCUGAUAGACAUCGUCGACGAGGAAUGGAUGCGAGACACUCUUCCAGAUGAUGAUCUUCAGUUGCCCCCGGUGAUGGCUUCUCGGACCGAUGAUGCUGAAGACUCGAAUCAGGAGAAUCAAGAAGUUGAGGGAGAUACUUGGCAUGAUCUUGCUUUGGGAACUCAAUGAGAUUUAUUGUGUACCGGCCGGCAUUGAUUCUCAUUUGUGAUGAUAAAUGUCUUCCUGUUAAUGUAGUUGGUGGUUUCAAUGGAUCGAAUGUACUUGAAGUUCUUUUCUAUAUUUCUGGGGGGAUUUCUUCGUGAAUUCAGUUCAUGUGAAUUCUUACACUUGAAAGUGUGAAGCUAAUGCCAUUGUUACAACUA